CCGUAAAAAUGUUGUUUAAAAUAAUUUGCAUAGUAUUAUCAAUAAAUUCUUAUAUAAUACAAAUAGUUUCCGGUUCUGAUUCGAUUACCAAGGACAAUGAGACCAUUGCGCUUCGGUCCAUGGCUUACCGACGUGAUUGUACCGAAGCAACUGCCAGUUCCAAAACUGAUGGGAUCUAUCAUAUACUCAUUCCCAGAUACAGCGAACAUCCCUUUAGAGUAGUAUGCGAUGCAGAGACUCGCGGUGGAGGUUGGACAAUCAUCUUAAGGCGAUUAGAUGGAAGUGAGGACUUUUAUAGAAACUGGAAUGCUUAUAAAAACGGAUUCGGAGAACUGGAUGGAGAGUUCUUUUUGGGAUUAGAUAAAAUACAUGCACUAACUGCAGAAGCAAGUCAGGAAUUGCUUGUAGUCCUCGAAGAUUCCGAAGGAGACGAAGGAUACGAGUUUUACGAAAGAUUUGCAAUCGGCAAUGAGGAAGACAAAUAUGUCCUACACACUCUGGGCAAAGCCAAUGGAACUGCUGGUGAUUCAUUGCGAAUUCACCAUGGUAUGCAAUUUUCUACAUUCGAUCGGGAUAACGAUCGUUGGGAUGGGGUUAACUGCGCCGAAACUCGCACUGGCGCCUGGUGGUUCAAUCAUUGUCACGACAGUGACUUGACAGGAAAAUAUGGUGACAAUACAUAUGGUAAAGGAAUCAAUUGGUAUCAUUUUCGGGGAUGGAGUCACUCCCUGAAGAAAGCCGUUAUGAUGAUACGGCCAAGAAAAUAAACUUCAUGCCUCUACAACAUCAAACGCCGUCCCAUCAUUGAAUUAAUUUUAUUUUAAUAUUUUUUUAAAGAAUUUCAA